ACCAGGCUAAGAACUUUUUACUAACUCUCAAGCUAAGCUAGGAUCUUUCUCCGUGUUAAGCGCGACAAAUCAUGGGUCAGGGAACUCCUGGAGGCCUUAACCGCCAAGGUCCCGGCGGAGAUCGUAAGAAUGAUGGAGACAAGAAAGAGAAGAAAUUCGAGCCGGCAGCUCCACCUGCACGUGUUGGUCGCAAGCAGCGAAAGCAGAAGGGACCGGAGGCCGCAGCUCGUCUUCCCACGCUCACACCUGUUACAAAAUGUCGGUUGAGGUUGCUCAAGCUUCAUAGGGUCAAGGAUUACCUCUUAAUGGAAGAAGAGUUCGUUACAAGUCAGGAGAGGUUAAAACCGCAGGAGGAGAAAACCGAGGUAGAUAGAUCCAAGGUAGAUGAUCUUCGUGGCUCUCCAAUGAGCGUUGGAAAUCUCGAGGAGCUGAUUGACGAGAAUCACGCCAUCGUUUCAUCAUCAGUCGGACCAGAGUACUAUGUCGGGAUUCUCUCGUUCGUCGACAAGGAUCAGCUCGAACCUGGCUGUUCGAUUUUGAUGCACAAUAAGGUUCUUUCAGUGGUGGGUCUCCUCCAAGACGAAGUUGAUCCAAUGGUGUCUGUGAUGAAAGUUGAGAAGGCUCCUUUAGAAUCAUAUGCAGACAUUGGAGGCUUAGACUCACAAAUACAGGAAAUUAAGGAAGCUGUUGAACUCCCUCUAACACACCCUGAAUUAUAUGAAGACAUUGGUAUUAAACCCCCUAAGGGUGUUAUUCUCUAUGGAGAGCCUGGAACUGGCAAAACACUACUUGCAAAGGCAGUGGCGAACUCCACAUCAGCAACCUUCUUACGAGUUGUUGGGAGUGAAUUGAUUCAGAAAUAUCUGGGAGAUGGUCCAAAGCUGGUUAGGGAGCUUUUUCGAGUUGCUGAUGAUCUCUCGCCUUCAAUUGUUUUCAUUGAUGAAAUUGACGCUGUUGGUACUAAGAGGUAUGAUGCUCACUCUGGUGGGGAGCGUGAAAUUCAGAGGACCAUGUUAGAACUUCUGAAUCAGCUUGAUGGGUUCGAUUCAAGAGGAGAUGUUAAGGUGAUUCUUGCAACAAACAAGAUCGAAAGCCUCGAUCCUGCACUACUCCGGCCAGGACGAAUAGAUAGGAAGAUCGAAUUCCCACUUCCCGAUACCAAAACGAGGAGGCGCAUUUUCCAGAUACAUACAUCAAGAAUGACAUUAGCGGAAGAUGUGAACUUGGAAGAGUUUGUUAUGACUAAGGAUGAGUUCUCUGGAGCAGAUAUUAAGGCAAUAUGUACCGAAGCUGGUUUAUUGGCUUUAAGGGAACGAAGAAUGAAGGUGGUGCAUGCCGACUUUAAGAAGGCGAAAGACAAGGUUAUGUUCAAGAAGAAAGAGGGAGUACCCGAAGGACUUUACAUGUGAUCAAUCGCCCUUUGGCCUUCUCAUCAUGUGGCGUUUGGUGGAGAUUAAAAUUUAAAGACUAGUUAAAUCAUAAAAAACGAAAAAAAGAAACCUUGCUGAAAGAAUCAUGCUUGUUUUUUUUUAUGUAUGUAUGCUAUGUUGUGCUUCUAUCUUGUGUACGUUUGCUUUUGUCAAGGAAAUGUCACUUGUUGAUCUGUUUAGGUA